GGUCACUAAUCUCACACACGCUCACUGACUCCGCCACCGUCGUCCUGUCUGCUGCUGUCCCGUGGAAUCACACUUUUUGUCCCAGCAAGAAGAAAAGUCCUCACCUGCAACGAGGAAACCUUUUUUGAAGACUGUUUUAUUUAUUUGUUUUUCUACAAUGAGAGCAAACUUGCAGACUGCAUUUCUUUGACAUCAUUUUCCACAUCUGCAGGCAAGAUGCUGAAGGUCGCGUGGUGUGUGGCGUGUGUGGUGGCGACAGCUGCCGUGCUGACAACACAGGAUGUUGAAAGCCAACUUGUUUCUGAAGAUCCACAACCUUCAGUUCCACUUCCUGUUUACCCCACAGUCAAUUUCCAGGUGCUCAACGUGGACCACGUGCUUCUGAGGCAGCACUCUCCCAGUUCUCAGGGCAACUCCAGCCUGAAGACUCACAUUCAGACGUUCCUCAUCACCGAUUCAAGUCCCGGUCUUCUUCAACCAACUGUCAACGCCUCCUUUGGUUCACUGACCGUGGACGCCCCCAUUGCGCCAGACCUGCUCCUCGGCGGGCGCAAGAUCCUGCCCGUCAUCGUGGGCCGCCAGGUGCGCGCCUCGUCCCCAACCGCUAGGAUCCUCUUCCACAUGCCUGCCGAAGCCGAGGUCGAGGGGAAGUCUGAUGAAGACCGGAUGAGAACGGAGAAGGACAGAGCUCACUGUGUGACGGCGUACGCCUUUUGGGGGACCAGGGAAGUCCGCGGGUCGUGCUUGGUGUCUCCCGGUGGAUUCUGUGUGGCGCAGCUAAACCCAGAACCCGCGUGGUUCAGCCUGUCCAAUCCGGCCGGCAGCUCCAGCAAAGAAACCGGAAGAAGCAACCCUGACAAAGGAGUCCAGGAGAACCUUGUGGAGGUCUACUUCCAGAGUCGAAGGGACCGCACGGGACAGUGCGUGCCUCAGGACAGCCUGCAACGGGCUGGGAGAGGCGGGGUUCACGAUGGGACGGGGACUCCCAUGAGGAGAAUCGGAAGCGUGACCCUGCUCCAAAGUCCACCUGGCCACCCAGCCUUUUUCCGUCUAAGACUAGGGGGUGCUGUGGUCAUCCAGACCUCCUCCAAGCCCUUGAAGACCAACAAUACGGCAACGUUUAACGUCUUCCUGGCCGGCACCUCCACCUUGGAGACGUUCACGCUCAGGACCACGAUGAAGUCUGGACUGGCGUUCAGCGCGCUGCGAGCCAGCGACUCGGCGUCAUGGGACGUGAAGGCGCAGCCUGGCAGCGUGGGCUUGCCCAACACCGUAUCGUUUGUGUGCAAAAGGAAGGUUGCUGGCACGUCGAAGAGGGGUCUUCUGGAGGUUCUCCAAAUGGACUUCUUGGUCAAGGACGUGUCCGAGCAGGCCGAGACUCACAUCAUCUCCUGGCGCCUGGAUCAGCCGGGGAACGUCAGGGACGUGGGCCAGAUGCGGCUCUACACCAGCCAGAGAGACUACGUGGGUCUGGCCCCGGUAAUCCUGAGCUCCGAGCUUUUGAAUACUGCAGCGCUGACGGGCAAAAUGGUGAAAGUCGCUGUGAAAACUUUGGCCGUGGAGGCCAACGGCUCUGUGAGCGAUGUAAGCGGCUUUGUCAGCUGCAGGUCCACCGACAGAGACGUGCUGAAGGUGUCUGAGCGCUGCGACUAUGUUUUUGUGACGGGGAAGGAGUUGAGAGGGAAGAGCGGCGUGAAGAUCAACUUCAUGUACGCGUUUCUGAGCGCGCAGCUGGAGAUGAGCGUGUGGACGCCCCAACUGCCGCUGACCAUCGAUGUCGCCGACCCCGAACUCCAUCAAAUUAAGGGCUGGAGAGUCCCGAUUACAACCAGCAACCGCAAGCCAAGUUGGAAUAGCGAAGAAGAGGAGGAGAUGAGGAAGGGCCGAGGCUGCAUGCUGCAGUACCAACACUCCCCACUCAGGGUACUCACACACUUUGUCGCCGAUUCCCAGCCUCUUGAGUACUUCCUGGGUCCUGAUUGGCAGGUGGAUGUGACCAAUCUUGUGCGGCCUUUUUUAAAAGUGCUGGACCCACAAUUGGUGAGACUCCAGGACAGAGUGUUGCUGCAAGGGAAGGCUGUGGGCACGACGGCCGUGCAGGUGCUGUCCCCGCUGACGGGUGCGGUGUUGGCCGAGAGGAGCGUGACGGUGCUGGCCGACAAGGUGAGCGUCACGGACUUGAAGGUGGACUUGGUGUCGGGACUCUCGCUGUCCUUGCAGCAAAGCCCGGCGGGCAGCAAUGCCAUCGUUGCCGUGGCAACCACCCGGGAGACCCUCACGCGGGUCAGACAGGAAGCCGUGGUCAGCUGCCGGGUCCAAUUCAGCGACGGCGCCGUCACCCCGUUGAGCCUCUUCGACCGCGGCGUCUACUCCUUAACCGUCUCUACGCCGGACGAGGGCGUGGCCAGCGUGCGCCGCACCCCGCUGUCCACGUUUGUGGUGGCACGGGGCGAGGGUCGGGGCAAGGCGGCGCUGGUCAAGGUGGAGCUGAGGAUCUGCGAGGAAUGCCAGAAGUCCAAGAGGAAGAGCAAGCUGGCGGUUGGCGCGGGGCUACUGAGGAUCGACUUCCAGGGCGGCGACGGCGGUCCGAUCAGUCUGGAUCAGGAGAAAAGCGGUACGGGUGUGGCGGAAAUGGCUAUCGAGGCGACGACGACGGUGACGUCAAGCCGUGAGCUGACGGACGCGGGGCAGGAGUUGUCGAGGACGGAGCCUGAGAGGAGGAUUGCGUGGGAUGUGACCCCAAGUGGGUCUCAGCCGACGGUCACGGAGACCAACCGACCGACACGCCUUCUUGUCGGCCAAGAAGACGGACAGGACGGCAGCUUUGGAAACAUGUUGGACAAGCCAAAGCCGGCCCAGGAACCGGAAGCCAAACUCCCCAAAGUGGUGGAGAGCGACCUGGUCCGCACCUUCCGAUCUAUGUCCGACUUGGAGAUAGGAAUUUACUGCUUGGCGGGCGUGUUGUGUGUCACCAUCUUCGGCUUUCUGCUUAACUGUGCGUCCUACAGGUUGUGUCCGCGCAGCCGUAAAAUACCCGUCCUGGCGGGGCCGCCGCCCCCCGCGGAGGCCAAGGACCAUAAGCACGACUGGGUGUGGCUGGCCAACAACCCCCAGCAGCCGCCUGCACCCGGCGCACCUGCUCAGGUGUCCACACUCACACGCACCCCGCCCGCCGUCCAGCAGCCCGUGCCGGAAAGAACCGCCACCCUGGGCCGCGGCAGGAGCGGCUCCCAGCAGCAGCAGCACAGGAAGGCGGCCGACCCCGUGGCCCAGCGCUCGGCCACCUUGCUGGCCAGGCCGCCGCGCAGCGAGCCGCUCCGCUCGCCCACCAGCAAGAGGAACCAGGUGCAGUUCACCACCUUCACCACUCUGGACAUCAAGCACUUAGCGGCGCUCAAGACUAACGACUUCCAGCCGUCGCCCCCUGCUGGGCUACAUGUGCCGCUACCCGACAUGCCGUGGCCCGUCGUUAGACCCCUCCAAGACCCUCAGUGACCCUGGACAAGUUCAACACUUUGUCUGAAAGAACAAGAUUGUGAAAGAGAGAGAGUGAGACGGCUGAAAUAACAAGCAGAGAGAGAGUCCUGACAUAACAAGCAAAGAGAGAGAAAGACUCAAGUUUGAGCAACACUUGUUAUAAUCUACUUGUGUUUUUUCUGCUACUCGAGUGCAGGAAACACUCGAUUUGUAUAAGCAGCACUUGUUAUAAUCUACUUGUGUUUGUCUGCUACUUGAGUGCAGGAAAACUCCAUUUGAAUUAGCAACAGCUGUUAUAAUCAACUCAUGUUUUUCUGAUACUCAAGUGCAGGAAUUACUCAAUUUGUAUUAGCAACACUUGUUGUAAUCUACUUGUGUUCCUUUUGCUACUGGAGUGCAGGAAAUACUCAAUUUGUAUGAGCAACACUUGCAAUAAUCUACAUGUUUGUCUGCUUCUAGAGUGCAGGAAGUACUCAUUUUGUAUGAGCAACACUUACUAUAAUCUACUCAUGUUUUUCUGCUACUAGAGUGCAGGAAAAACCCAAUUUGUAUUAGCAACAUUUGUUAUAAUCUACUUGUGUUUUUAUGCUAUUAGAGUGCAGGAAGUACUCAAUUUGUAUGAGCAACACGAGUUGCUAUAAUCUAAUUGUGUCUGUCUGCUGCUAGAGUGCAGGAAGUACUCAAUUUGUAGGAGCAACACUUGUUGCUAUAAUCUACUUUUGUUUGUCUGCUGCUAGAAUGCAGAAAAUACUCAACUUGUAUUAGCAACACUUGUUUUAAUCUACUUGUGUUUUUUCUGCUACUCGAGUGCAGGAAAACCCCGGUUUGUAUUAGCAACACUUGUUAUAAUCUAUUCGUGUUUUUCUGAUACUCAAGUGCAGGAAGUACUCCAUUUGUAUUAGUAACACUUGUUAUAAUUUACUUGUGUUUUUCUACUACUAGACUGAAGGAAGUACCCAAUUUGUAAUGGCAACACUUGUUGCUAUAAUUUACUCAUGUUUGCCUUCUACUGGAGUGCAGGAAGUACUCAAUUUGUAUUAGCAACACUUGUUGCUAUAAUCUAAUAAUUGGGUUUGUCUGCUGCUCGAGUGCAGGAAAUAAUUUUUAUUAGCAACACUUGCUAUAAUGUACUCACGUUUUUCUGCUACAAAAGUGCAGGAAAUAUUUAGUUAGUAUUAGCGACUCAUUGCUAUAAUGUACUCAUGGUGUUUGUCUGCUGCUUGAGUGCAGGAAAUACUCAAUUUGUAUUAGCAACCCCUGUUGCCAUAAUCUACUCAUUGCGAUUGUGGCUAGAGUGCAGGAAAUGCUCAAAAAGAUUUGUAUUAGCAAGGUUUGUUGCUAUAAUCUACUCAAGAGUUUCUGUCUGCUCCUAGAGUGCAGGAAAUAACCAAAGCACGUAUUAUGUGGUGGUUUUUUUGUGAGCAGCGCAUCCCAAACUAGGACAUGCUCACUGAGUUUGUCUUCAGCUAGAGUGCACGAUGUGAGUGCACACUGACACUUUGGUGGUUUUGUCGGAAAUCUUCGUUAGCAGGGUAACUCACUGUGUGUUGCUAAUAUCUACUUACCGAUUGUGCUUGCUACCAGAGUGCAGGAAAUAACCACAUAGAGACUCUCCGUUAGGAGAGUGGUGUUUAUUUAGUUAUUGUAUUCUACUACUCGAGUGCAGGAAAUAACCGGAGUGUUCUUUGUGCUAUCCAUGAACUGAGUCUCCGACUAGAGUGCAGGAAAUAACAAAAGCAGGACCUUAUUAGAAAUGCAUCGCACUCAUCUCUAUGCUAUCGGAGUGCGGGAAAUAACCCAAACACAUGCUGUAGGGGGUUUUGUUAGGGAGUGUAUGCCAAAAGUAAUAUGGAUGUGUCUGCUAGAGUGCAGGAAAUAACCAUACCGAAUCUGUUGUUUUUUUUUACAUUUCAUUUUGAAAAGCCCUGCUCUGUGAAAUGAAAGCAAAGCACAGUAAACAGAUUUUCUAUCUUCGGGCCUUUUUUUUUUUUUUUAAAUAUAGUAUCACAUAUUUCUGUAUUUCAUUUCCUGUUCUUUCUUGCAGAAAUUGCCAAUAUAUUUAUAUUUUUUUUUUUAUAAGAUGCAUUUUUUUCAGUGACUGUUUUCAAAGCCUCCUGAUAGCGGAGUCAUUGCCAGGAAAGCUGCAGCGAAUGAUCGGGAUUAACUCUGCUAGGAAUUUGAUUCUCUUUAAUCACCGCAGUGGAUGCGAUUCAAGGGAUGUCAUCAUUCAUAGAAAUUGAUUUUGGAUGAAAUGGAAAUUAAAAUAUGAAGUUAUGGUGCUGCAUUGUUUGUGUUUUAUGAACCUUUGAUCAUGA